AGCUAUGUUCUAAGAGGCAUUUUUCGCCAUGUCGAUAAGAUCAGUACCUACGCAGCCGUACAUGGGCCCCUCGGCGCUUCAAAUUGCGCCUGGGGGUGCCCAGCGUGCUGGUCCAACACAAGUCUCUCCUGGGACCACCACAAAAUGGAAUGGAGGAGUUCAGUUUGACCAGUCCUUUCCAAAGCCCAUCAGUGCGGUGAAAGAGAGCUUUCAGCCCGAGGAAGCGGAGGAGUCGGACGAAGGGUCUGAUUGUUGCAGCGGCUAUUCUUGCCGGUGGAUCAGUGAUCACCCAGCCAAGCUUUUUCUGCUCUUCAUGGCCUUGGGUGUCUUUGUUCUGACUAUUGUGGCCUUGAUCUCCGGCCUCAAUACCUUGUCCUCCAAUGCGUUUUUCUACUACUCGAAGUUUGCAUGGGAACAAUGGUUUCCCAGCUUCUUUGUCAUCAUGGUCAUGCUCAUGUUGCUGACCCUGGUAGCAAUGGCCGUGAUUUGCUUUGCUGUCUUCCUCAGCUGGGUCGAACGGAGGUCGUUGAUCCGGGCCUUCUACAUCUCCUCGCUUUCUUUGGGAGUGAUUAUGUUAAGCUUAGCGUUGUUUUGCUGGCUUUAUGGCAAUCGGGCAAAGCCUUAUGUCAUUCGAGCUGGAAAUUUGCUUUGCCAGGAUCCCAAGAUUUGGCAUUGCAGCGGGAGCUCUGCACGGCGAUUGGACGAGCUGAAUGAGACGGAGGAUUCAGAGCUGGGAUCCCUGAGGUGGCCGAGAUUUCAUCCGCUCCAGGAGGAGAUGUUCCAUCCAGGAUUUCACUUCUCCCUCGGAGACCUCCCGAGCUCAGUAGCGGCGGGCCGUCGACUAGCUGCGAGUCUUAGAUCAGGUGCUCCGGGCCGGCGCCUGAAUCCGGCCGCCGCGUCGUUGGCCUUUGUGAAGUCGUUGAACUCCGCGGUGGACCCUCGGACCAACGAGCCCGAAGGCUGCAAGGUUGUGAUGGAAAUCUGCCAGCCACCUGCCAAUUUCAACAUGCAGACAGCGUGUGUCUGCAGCGGCAAUUGGGACUAUGCACCCAUUGGCACCAGCACUCCGGCCCCUGCCACGGGCCUUCCGGGCGACGCCGAGCCCACGGCGAGUCCGGCUGCCCCCGCGCCCACGAACCAGCCGGCGGUGCUGCCGAACUUCGAGGGCACCACGGCAGAGCCGGUGAACCCCUAUGCCGGAACAGCCACCGUGGUCACUGUGCAGCCGCAGGCAGAAAGCACUGCUGCGGCAUCCACGACGGCGCCAGCGACCGCUGCCAGCACGUCCAGCGCGGCCCCCGCGGCAGGACGACGGCUCAGGGAAGAUAUCGGGCCCUGGCUGGGGUCGCUGGGCGCCUUCUGUGGCAAAUGGGGCAACGAUGACUAUGUGAAGGGCGAGUGGUGCUUCGUUCUUCCUAGCCAGCAAUGCAGCCCCAAUGAGCGGAGCCAGUAUGUCUCGACCAGGGGAUAUCCCAUGAUCCGGUCCACAGCACCCUGUGGUGGAGAAGUGGAUUCCAGGUCGGCACUCUUGCUCGUGGGGCAUGACCAGAUGAUGGAGCAGCUGAAGUACACAGCGCUACUGGGUGGAGCUCUUUUAGCCUUGGCCGGUGCUGGCUACAUGCUGUUCCUCUACCCAAGUCGUGACACAAAGUACGAGGCUCUCCAGAGCGAACCAGCUCGCGCUCCACAGCAGCGGGGGGGUUCCCCCUAUGCGCAGCGGGGGCCUGGGGCUGCUGGCUUUGCUCCCGAAGCACCUGAGCAGAAAUCCAACUUCAACCUGCAGAGAUUCCAGGAAGCUCAAGCACAGGCCGUGAACAAGCUCACCAGAAGCACGCCAGAGGAUUUGCGUUUGCAGAUCUAUGCCUACUACAAGCAGGCGACCGAAGGCGAUGUUCAAGGCGAGAGACCUGCCUACUUCCAACAAAAAGAGCGCGCAAAGUACGACGCUUGGGUGAAGUGCAGGGGGAUGUCUUUUGACACCGCCGUGGACAAGUACUGUGAAGUCGUGCAACGAAUUUGAUUGCGCCCUUCAUGUGUCACAGCCGCCUAUUGGCGCCGUUGCGUACAGUAUAGCUCUUUUGCGAUGUCCGGGAGAAGGGUAGCAUAUCCCAUUUUCCCAGUCCGCUGCCACGGGGGAAGACAUGUCACAUCAUUUUGCUCGUCC